CACUCAUAUCCACGAAGCAGCACAAAAAUUGAACAACAAUACUAAGCAUUGUUGCAAGGCCGACCAUGAAGAAUUUUGAAACGUCAAGAAUCUUGGUUGCGGCAUUGGCUCUAGCGUCGGUGGAUUCGUCGCUUGCCUUCGUUGCACCCACCCCAUCGGCUUGUCUUGUCGGAAACAGCAACAACAUCGGCAAUGGAGCUCUAUCGGCAAUUCCCCCGGUAUCACCCGACAGCGUCGGAGAGACCUUCAGCAAUGGAUUUCAGAUCGCGGCGGUUUCCAUCGACUCGGUCACAUCCAGUGCUCUCUUUACCUACUUUGCCGAGAAGGUCAUCGACGCCUCCAUUCCUGCGGUCUUUGCAGCUGCCGUCAUUUUCUUUUUCUUUUCGCAAUUCAAGAAGGCCAAGGGAAAUUUCGGAAUGGACGAUGAGGCCGCCGAAAGUGCAACGGCGAUCAGCGAGCUGUACAACGAUCUCUACUCUAGCACAAGGGGUUCCGGCAAGACCAAACGCGGAGGACCGAUGAAUCCYUUCGGAGGUCCCGGUGGACCCCCGGCCCUGCCCAAAAAUCUUGGUCUUCCGAAGAAGGAGUAUCUGCGCAUURCCAAUAUCAACGAGCGGUUUGACUCGUACGACUUUUCUCUCACCCAGGCCACCGACUCGAAAGCCAAAGCGGCCGCCGACUUUCGUUCCAAGUCRUUCGACAGGGCUCUCGGGCUGGCCAUGAAUGCGGAACCCUCUGUCGAAGGAUCGACCGUGGCGGAAUUCUUGGCCCCUAGGGUCAAGGCCAAACUCAUUCGCAUCGAAAAGAAAUUCCUCAAAGAGGGCAAGGAUUUGCUCGAGGAUUUGCAAAAGGUUGAAAGCACUUUGGCAGCCGUAGCCAUGGACGCCGAAUUGGCAAAGCUCGGCGAAGAAGCCGAAAAGAUGAACGAGGACGACCUCAAGGUAAUCGACGCGGAAAUCGAAGCCAAGAAGGAGGAGGAAAAAGCCRACGAUGCCAAAUCCGAUAGCAAAAAAGACAACAAGAAGAUGGGCGCCAAAAAGGAGGAAUUGGUGAAGGAAGCAACCAAGUUGCAGACGCAAGUAAAGGAAUUGGAGCUUAGCUUCAUCGCGCAAGUCUUGGCUGCCGUMGGUCCAAAACGCGCUAUCGGUCUUCGAAACGCUCUGAUGGGAGACAUUGCCGUCCGCGGAACCGGAGGCCUCUUGCAACAAAUGGACCAACGCCCCCUGUCGCAAAUUCUCAAGGCCGGAACCGAUUCCCAGCAGAAGUCUGUUUUCGUGAUGGACUUUCCUGGUGACGUGCAGGCCUCGCAGCUGAACGAACUGCGCGAGGAAGUCACCGGUGUCAUUCGCAGUGCCAACCCAGGCGACGAAGUCUUGGUCAUCCUCCAGUCCGGAGGCGGAACCGUAACUGGGUACGGUCUCGCUGCCGGUCAGCUGCAGCGACUGAAAGAAAAGGGAUUGAAGCUAACCAUUGCCGUAGAACAGGUGGCAGCCUCCGGUGGAUACAUGAUGAGUUGYGUCGCUGAUCGCAUUAUUGCCAGUCCGUUUGCGGUCAUCGGAAGCAUUGGGGUGAUCUCCGAAAUCCCUAAUGUUUACGAGCGUCUGACAGAAGAAGGAAUGUAAGUAAUCGCCUUGCACAAAACAACUGCUCUACCGGAUUGUGCUUUUCUCCUUGGAUUCUCACCACAACUUUGCAUCCUCUCGUGGCAAYGCAUCGUCUCUCAAAUCUCAGCAAAUUCCAGACGGUGACGGCCGGUAAGUUCAAGCGYACCCUGACGCCCACCAAAAAAAUMACGAAGGAAGACCUGGCAAAAUCCGAGGAAGACAUUGCCGAGAUCUUCGAAUUGUUCAAGGGAUGGGUGGCGCAAAACCGUCCACAGCUCAACAUCGACGAGGUAGCCACUGGAGAGACGUGGUUCGGUCCCGCAGCCCUCGAAAAGGGGCUCUGCGACGAGAUCAGAACUGUCGACGACGUCCUCUUGGAUUACAUUGACAACGACUACAACGUCUACCAGGUAAAGUACGACCCUCCCCCGGAYAUWCCCACUCCCCUGGCCGCCUUCCUCGCAUCGGAAGACGGCAGUCCCAGAGCAGAUUCCGACAACUCGAUGGGCCGACGAGCCAUUCGUUGGUUGGUGCAAACCCUUGCCGAGGAGGUCAAGGCCGUUGCAUCCGUGGAGACCAACGCGCCUCUCGAGAAGAAAUACAUGGCGAAAGACGAUACCAUGGACCGCGUCAAAGCAUCCUCAGACGAUACAUACUUUUAAAAUCAUCUAGAGAAAAAUCCAUU